CUACAUAAACACGUCCCCGCGUUGGCGAGCGCUAUAUAAACACGUCCCCGCGUUGGCGAACGCUAUACAAAACACGUCCUCGCGUUGGCGAACGCUAUACAAAACACGUCAUCGCGUUGGCGAACGCUAUACAAAACACGUCCUCGCGUUGGCGAACGCUAUACAAAACACGUCAUCGCGUUGGCGAACGCUAUAUAAACACGUCCUCGCGUUGGCGAACGCUAUAAAAACAUGUCCCCGCGUUGGCGAGCGCUAUAUAAACACGUCCCCGCGUUGGCGAACGCUAUACAAAACACGUCCCCGCGUUGGCGAGCGCUAUAUAAACACAUAGACCUAUCUUGGCAACUUGUUCCGUCGACUAUGACGGACACAAAAAUUACAUGAUAAAUUUGUUUCGUCGACUAUCACGAACAAAUUGGACCCCCUGCUAAACUUGUUCCGUCGACUAUCACGGGCAAUUUAGAAACUAACUAGUCAAUUUGUUUUGUCGUCUAUCACAAGCAAAUUAGACCCCCUGCUAAACUUGUUCGUCGACUAUCACGGACAAUGUAGAAAACCUAACCCCGCUCCGCAUACCGCGAGGGGGCAACCAAAUUCCCGAGUAUGCUUACCGCAGCCGAAAAAAAACCCUUCACCCACUCUGCACAGGAGCUGGCGAGCCCCUCUAUCAGUCAACAACGCACGGGAGCUGAGGAGCGCCCCAACCAAUCAAAACCUCACAGGAGCUGGCGAGCCCCUCUAUCAGUCAACAACGCAUGGGAGCUGAGGAGCGCCCCAACCAAUCAAAACCUCACAGGAGCUGGCGAGCCCCUCUAUCAGUCAACAACGCAUGGGAGCUGAGGAGCGCCCCAACCAAUCAAAACCUCACAGGAGCUGGCGAGCCCCUCUAUCAGUCAACAACGCACGGGAGCUGAGGAGCGCCCCAACCAAUCAAAACCUCACAGGAGCUGGCGAGCCCCUCUAUCAGUCAACAACGCAUAGGAGCUGAGGAGCGCCCCAACCAUUCAAAACCUCACAGGAGCUGGCGAGCCCCUCUAUCAGUCAACAACGCACGGGAGCUGAGGAGCGCCCCAACCAAUCAAAACCUCACAAGAGCUGGCGAGCCCUCUAUCAGUCAACAACGCACGGGAGCUGAGCAACACCCCUACCAUUCAAUACCUCAUGGGAGCUGAGGACCACCCCUACCAAAUCAAUACCUCAUAGGAGCUGGCGAGCCCCUCUAUCAUUCAAUAACGCAUAAGAGAUAACGAGCGCCCCUACCAGUAAAUACCUAACCGGAGCUGGCAAGCGCUAACGAAAUAUAGCAGAAGAUGAUUGACGGGCAUCAGAAGAAACCGUCGACGCUGUCGAGCAUCAAAGAAAUACAAUAAAGUGAGUAUUAGAAAAUUACUCGCGUUGGCGAACGCUAUAUAAAAACGUAAAUUUUCCAUCAGUAGCAAAGAUGAUCAAAGAAACAGAAGUUCUCGCUAUCGGAAAUCUUAUACAAACGCACUAAAUCAUUCGCUAUCCUAACAUCAUCCUCAAAGCAUAUCCUAUUUCAAGGACCCUAACACAACCAUCAUGAUACUUUUAGAAAAUGUGGUGUCUUUUAUAGAAACUUUGUAUAACUCUUUAUACAAAGAGAUAUACAAAGGGGGGCAACUGUAGACACCACAUUUUGUCCGGGAUAAUUGAUUUAUUGAAAAUAAUUAUUCUAACAUCGUACUACGAUUAUAUUUAAAAGGGAAGUUGAAGAUAGUUUGGUUGAGACUAGCAGUUGCAAGUCAAUAUGAACCAACAAUUAUCAAAUUUGCUCCUAGUCGAUUCUAGGGCAUAGUUAGUUAAGAUGGGAUCAGUUUAAGUUAAGAUUAGCAGUGACGAAUCUUAAAUAUAAAUUCUCAUUUAGAAGAGAGAAAUGACUAUAGUGCAAAUUUGGUUGCUCGAGUUGGAUUUGGAUCUGGUAUUGGUAAUGGGACAAAUUGAAUAGUGGAAUGAGCUUUAUUAUCAAAGAUUGUACAACUUGGAUAAUGACCUCUAAAUGAAGCAAGAAUUAUAAUUAACUACAAUGACUAAUGCUAACUCUACAAAAUUUGGGGCACCAAUCAGAUUAAGACUAGGCCUUUUUGCUAUUUCUUUUGGGCCCAAAGCAAACCCAACCUGCAGAAAAAAAGAAGACCAGUCAGUUCUCAAGUGAGAGUCCAAGUCCAUAGAUUAAGCCCAAAUCAAAGUAAUUCGAGACUAGACAGAGCAAGUAUCGGCCCAGAAAAAUUUAUGACAGGCCCAGCCCAGACAAACGUCCAACAAACAGGCCCAGCUCGGCCCAACGAAAUUAGACCAUAACCCAACCGGCCUGGUUCGGCCUGACCACAUCCUAUCCACAGCCGACCUCAACAGGGGCACACCUUUCAAAGUCGCAAUAAAGAAAUGGACGAAUCAUAUAGUGACACGUGGUGGUUUGGUUUGGUAUAAGUGAGCUCUUCAGGCUCUUUGUUUUGGGGGGACGAUUUUGGAGGAGGCAGCAAAAAAAAAAAACACUCUAGAGAAAUAAAAUUUGACAUCAAAA